AUGAUACUCUACCUGGGGUCUGACCAAGGCUCAGAUAAUAACCCUAAAGAAUCAACGAGUUCUGUUGCAGAUUUGCUUGAGAGACAAGAGAACAAUAACAAUGACUCUAGCCAAGUCGAUGAUGGGAACCAAGAACCACCCGAGGAGUCACCCAUUGAAUUAUCAUCAUCUGAGUUCAUAAAAUUACUCAAACCUUCUUCAUCAACUAUCGAAAUUGUUGGAAGAGUUGUUAGAAUUUUUCCUACUAAAAGACACGUAAAUCAAGAAACCAACGAGGUAUCAUUUGUUUUCAAAUUCGUUUUAUCAAAUGAUGACCAAGAGUCAGUCCAAGUGAGUGUGUGGAAUGAUGAAAUUGAUCGUGUCGCGGACAAAAUUACAAAUAAUGCUAUCGUGCAUAUUGACGGAGCUUUUUCAAAAUUCAUUGGAAAAAAUUUAUAUUACAAUUACAGCACCGUUGAAAUUGAAUUGUUCAUCCAAUCAAACACUCAAGUCAACGUUAUUAGAAAAGUUGUGUCUAGACCAGUUUCUCAAGAAAAGCAAUCCCUACCUCUUGUUGAAAUUGAAAAUUGUGAUGGUUACAUUAACAAAGAAAUUCGUGUCCAAGGAUAUAUAAAAACUCAACUGAACAUCGCUAGAAUUCGGGGAAAAGACUUCGCGAGAGAUUCUUGCGUUGAAUCAAUUGCAAACAAAAACAAAUAUAAGUUGGAAAUUAAAAUAAUUAAUUUCACUGACAACUUUAUCAGUCCAUUUCUAAAAGGAGAGCCAGUUGAAGUAUCCGGAACACUCAAAAUUUUGAGAGGUUAA